AUGGAGGUGAGCUCCCUCAGCGGCUACAUUUGUAAAUGCACAUUUUCAGUAUUUUCCAAAGUAAUCCAGCGGUUUCUCCCAGAUGUUUCUGACCACACUGGCCACUUGUUCAGAGAGAGGGAUCCUCCUGCUUCAAAGAAAACCCUGAAGUUUCUUCUGGUUGUUCUCGGCCUCCUCCUGCUCUGUGCUUUGGUGGCGCUCUGUGUUCUGGGGGUCCUGUGUUUCAAUAAAGGAGUCUCUAAUGAAUCAUUAAGGGAUCAGUGUGCCAGCACUGUAGCAGAAAUGUCAGAUCAACUACGCAAUGCCACUGAAACCGUAAAGAAGUACCGAAAGACUAUUGAAGACUACAAGGAAAAAUGCGGACGUUGUGGAGAAGGGUGGAGGCCUUUUGGUGUAAAGUGUUACUACUUCUCCACUGAUUUCCUGAACUGGACGAACAGUAGAGAUCGCUGUGUUGAGAAAGGAGGACAUCUGGUUAUAAUAACCAGCCCAGCUGAACAGACUUUUGUGUCUAUGUAUCUUGGAAAACCUCACUGGAUCGGGCUGAAUGAUUUGGAGACUGAGGGAAAGUGGAUGUGGGUGAACAACCAGUCCCUCACUGAGACAGGAGUAACAUUCUGGAAUAAGGGUAAGGAUGGAGCAAGUGAGCCAGAUAACUGGAAAGAAGAAGAUCCUUCAGGAGAGAACUGUGCUAGUCUGGGGAAUGAAAAUAGUGAUUUUACACAAUGGUUUGAUGCUUCCUGCAGUAAAACAAGAAAAUACCUCUGUGAAAUGUAAAAUACUUAUCAGAUGUAAUCAUGGGACUUCAGCUUUAAACACUGCUUAAAAAAUCUUAAAAUCAUCUUCUUUUCAGGAGAUUGAAGGUGUCUUGCUCUUUUACCUGAUGAUUUAAUGUUUAAGUGUAUCAAUAAUAGAUGUUCUUGCUCCAACCAGUGUUUUGUAAAAGUUUUUAUAGAGCCUCACAAAGCUGUGUGGGAUAUAUAGAGGUUAUAUUCCUUUUGGCCAGUGUGCGACUGUGAAGCAGAUUUUUAUUUUGGAUUAUGGAGAGUCUACCUACUUCCUUUUCCCCUGUUAUAUCAGAAAACAGGAGCCCACAAGUAUCUGUUAUUGGUACUGUGAGCUGACUGGUUGGUGAGCUGACGCUGGACAUACAGCCAGAUCACAUUGAAAAGCCUUAUAACUGUAGUAUAAUUUUUUUGUUUGCUGUGCUGAAACAUUUGUAUUGUUCUGUCUUGAGACAAUUUGUAAAAUUUCCAGUAUAAAAAAGAUUAAAUAUGUAUUUUUUGAGAUCCUUCCAUUUCACAAAUGCUAAUGGUUUGAUCAAUGAUGAGCAAUAAAUGAUAAAGCAAUGUAGCGUUUGUGUUUUUUCUCCACAAAACAAUUACAAUGCUUUGCAUCUCUUAAAAUGUGGCAAUGUUGUCCUGUGUCAUGCUGACAACAAACUCAGUUUUAAGAACGAAGAUUAGGUUUUUUUAACUUGUUUUGAGACAAAACAGUCUGAUCUCAGAUUAGCUGCUUGUGGCCUACCAAAACAUGCAAAAAAUAUUUGAAACUGUGUAACGUUUCAAAAUGGGACAAUUUCAAUUUUGGACAGUCGCAUAGCUUUUUUUUUUUUUCAUUUUAAAACAGACUGUGUUUCAAGUGAAUCAAUGCAGUUCGAAUCUAGGCUUCAAGUUUGGUAUCACUAGUAUGAUAAGUUUAGCCAAAAUUAAUUUUGAAUAUCAGCACCAGAUUUAAAGUAAUGAGUUUAUUUAUUUCUCAGAGCAUGAGAGGUACCCCGUACUGUACCUUUUAGAGUGUGUUCUGCUGUAAACUGCUUGUGGUAAAGUAAUAUGUUGUUAAUGAUCAGGUUACCUAGGUCAGAAGUGUGUGAAGCAGGUGAAAUGCUACAAUGUGCAGGACAGUGUGUGACAGAACCAGUGUGAGGAAGUGCUAUUUAAGCGAGCUAAGCUAACUCCAGGCUGCUGCAUUUGGAUAUCAAGUCCCAAAUGGCUCCCUACACCCUAAAGUGUAUGAAACAGAUUACAGUAGUAGUUUUAUUUAAAAUUAAAUAGUGCACAUGAUGUUUCUCACCAUCUUUUAGAAUUAUUUUGUCAUUUUUAGGCGAAUAAAGGUGCAUCAAACAAUAAAAAAUGGCCUAGAAUUGUUAGAGAUAUACAGUAUUUACAUCAACUGAUUUUCA